CAAACAUACAAGUGAAGUCACAGCGUAUCCUCGAUGAGCAGCUCCGCGCCGCCGCGAUGGAAGCGGCCGGCGGAGUUCCUCGUGUAUCUGGUCCCCGUGGGCGGCAUCCCGUCGGACUUGUUCGCGUCCUACGCGCGCCUGCUGCAGAGCCACAGCGAGCUUCCUCUCCGCAGUCUCACGCGUCCUGGAGGCUAUGCAGCCGAGUUGUCUCCGUUCCGCGGCCUGGACUGGACCGGCACGGGCUCACUACGCUUCCACUUCGUAUCAACCGCCGAGCACGUGGAUUCCUACGACGGAGAAGAUGUACACGCGAGUCGUCGCGUCAUUGGCGCAUUGGGCGUUUGCCACAGUCCGUCACUCACUUUAAGCGGUGGACUACGCGCCGCCCAUGCACAGUUCGAGGCAUCAGUUCAACGUUUUCCGGGGCUUCUGAUGCACAAACUCUUCGCCUUCGAGCACGCGUUCGAGGACGUCACAUCCAGCGAGUGUGAGGGACUCAGCGACCUCGUCAUGUUCCCCGUUCACCACGAACUUGAAGGAACCGGCGAGUCCACUGUGACUCUCCACUUACAGGUCGUUAUGGACACACUGGCUGUCAAUAUCCUCAUGGCUUUAGAGAGCGCUAUUAGAUCAGCCACGUCCUCUGCUGCUAGUGGAAUAACCCAAGGCGGUGGAGACCUCGCCAGUGUCCUACUAGACGUCAACGUGGAGCCACAGCAGUCGCAAUCCAUUCAACACUCAGUUUCGUCCCCUCUAGUUCUAUCACGAGACCCCACAACCUUCAGCUCUGCGUCCAGUCCGUCUUCUCGCUCGUCCAACUCGUCAUUUUCAUCCAUUCCUUCGCCUUUGGCUGCUGGAGUCGCUGUUUUCGACCCGCGGAAUCGACGACGGAAGCGACACUUGGCACGUAGAGAAAAACUUCUGGGAGACUACAGUGUACUCGUGAGUUGCAUCUCGGAUGCGAUGGAUCAUUACACGGUCGCAGUUGAAAUGUUACGAGAAGAAGAACGACGCAGUGGAGGCGCAUCGGGAGACGCUCUAUGGCACGCUGCAGCACUGGAAGGAUACGUCUAUUGUCUGUACACUGACGCCAAGGAGAAAUUCUCGACUGAACUUGUGGAAAAGGCCUCCGAAGCCGUCGCAUUCUACGCUAAAGCAGGUACAACCGAGCUGGAGAGUCUACUAAUCGAGAAUAUCGGCUGGUGUUACGCAGAUAUUGCAAUAACGACAUUGACGCGCACGUCAAUGUCCGGAGAAGCGAAAUUGUCAGAAAGUGUAUGGAUUAAACGAUUACUUUGGGACGUACUGGAGAGAGGCCUGAUGCUGUUUCCAGAGCUUCAAACACAGCGCCAAGUAGAGUUUUUGAUCCAGACCAGCAGAAUGCUAGAGAGUGUGGGGCAUCGACGACGUGUGGCGCUCUUUCUGCAUGAAGCUGCGUCGCUGUUGUUAGCCAGGAAUGCGCCAGCUGUAGACUCCCAGUUAAAGUUGUUGCUAUCACCUUCCAAUGUUACAACAGGACCUCAGCGACAAAGAGACCUGGAGUCAGCUUUGUUACUCGAGCGUAUUGCAGCGGAGCGCCUGGGUAUUCAAGACCGGAGAGACGAAUUGCCAUGGGAAGUCACGACGCAAUACCGACGGAAUAGGAGACAGAAAUCCUCGAGCUCUACGACUACACCGGACAAUUCCUGGCUGAUCAUACGCUUCCAUGUACUACGACAACUCCUGACAAUAGCAAGGAUGCUGGGAGACGCUCUACUGGUCGGGAAAUACUGUCUGCAGCUGUUAGAGAUGCUGGUUUGGUGUGAUUCCAUCGCAUCUGUGGACUCUUCUCCUUCGUCAUCGCUGCUCGUGGAUCAUCUCCAACAACCUGCGACUUCUCUUCGUGUGACGCACUUAUCGACUGAACGAGCAGCAGCAGGGCUUCAUGCAAAGAGUGGCGUGUAUUUCUCUCCCCCGCCAGGUAUCGACACGAGAGUUCGACGCCACUUUAUCAAUUCCCCGUCUGCCACCAUGUCCAAUGCAGCGGCGUCUAUACAGUCGACGCUAACCAACACUCCGCGAAUUUUAGCAACGCCAAGACAACAAUUCUCCGCAGCGGUGAAUGCGAUUUCGACCAAGGCGUCGCCAGCGUUUACUCCGUUCUCUAACGCUCAUAACCAGCUCAAUGGAGCCAUGACAACUCGCGCAGGAGGCUCAGAAGAUCGUACACAGGCUGAGUUUGGCGUGAACGGAGACAAUGGGGCCAAGAGCUCUCGAGUUCUGACUGGGAACGAUGGUGAGGCUGACUCUGGAGUGGAGACAGAAGCUGAUUCGGUGUGGAAUUUGCGAUCGAAGACUGAGAUUGCCAAGAUUGAGCGGAAGCUGCUGAAGAUUCUGGAGUCUGACUGCACGACGCUGCGUUCUAGUGAGCAAACGAAGCUGCCGACGUUCCUCCGUGUGGAUAAACUGAAGUUGCGCUCUAAUUGCAACUUGCAGCAUCCUUUUCUGGCCCGACAGACUGCUCUCGAGAUGUUUGGGAUGCAGUCAGCAACUAGUCAACAAGAGGCCAAGUCGGAUUUCUUCUAUUCUCCGUUCGAGAAGAAGCGGAAGACAGGAGAUAGUGACGAAGAUGACGCGCCUGCUAUGUACGAAAGGGGAUUUCCAGUUCAUGAGCGAAUCGAGCUGCAAUUGACUUUAUCGAACCCAACGGGCGUCGCUGUCAAGCUGCAAGAAGUGAAAGCAUGGGUAUCAUUCGCUGAAAGUGAUGACAGCAUAUUAGCAGGUACACUGGAUGGAUUUGUCGAGUGCUAUCCGUGUUUUUUCACGUUAGAACCUUAUCAACAACAGAAGACGGUGGUGUUGGGGAUUCAACCAUUGAAAGUGGGGACGUUCCACGUCUGUGGCUGCUUCAUUAAGGCCUUCAACAUCAAGACUUCCUUCCGACUCAAUAAUCCUGUAAAAAUCCGCGUUGUAGGCGAGUUGCCGAUGGUGUCACUCGCUCUUCGAGAACACGGAUCGAUGGCGCUAUUGGAUGGCCAUAAGCCUGCAGAACCGGUGGCUUCUAACGUCCAGAUUGCCAUGUUUUGCUCCGAGACAAGGCGGUGUAUGCUUCGUGUACGCAGCACUGGAAACCGAAAUAUCACGAACUACAGACUGGCGGUAACUCUUCAAAAUCGUCGUGCAGCGAAGAAAACAUGUGUGGUUUUUAACAACUUACCGUCGGUAGAUACCAACGGUAGCGCUAAUGAGGCUCCUGAUGAUCAGAUUGAGACCAAAACUCUAGUAUUGAGAUGCGGCAAAGUGGUGUCGUCUCCGCUCCCUCUUGCAAGCGGUGAUUUUGUGAGUAUCCCGUUCGAAGUAUCACUUUCCGGACAACAGGAGACUUUGGAUGAGGAUAUCCAAAUUGAAUGGAGUUUUGUAUAUGCCGAUGAGAACUCAGUGGACGCUGUCUUCUAUCGAGAAUCGAAGUUGACGUUGCAGGUUGUGUCCCUCCCGUCGCUCAUGCUUCAGUCGGUAACGUUACUGUCAUGCUGUUCGGAACACAUUCCGAAUUGUCGGACUGCGACAACGGACCAUUUGUAUUGCGCCAUCAUGGUCCACGUGGUUAAUCCGACUGAAACUACAUUUCGAUUCCGACUCCACCGCGACUUUGACGACAGUGGAGACGUAACCUGUGAGGCGGAAAUUGGUCGCCAAUGUUCCCGUCGGUUUGUGGUCGAAGUCCCGCGUUUACAGGCGAUGCCUAGCUUGGUAGACGUAUUGAAUGAGAUGAUCGAGAUGGAAUGGGAAACGUAUUUCGGAACACGAGGACGUCUGCUGUGUGAGGAUCACCACAUUGGAUCCAUUGACCAGAUGAAACGUGAAUUUUUGUUACCGCCAGUUAACUUCAAGAUUCAAUCUCCUCUUGAAGACAUCGCAUCAGUUUUGACAGGUGAAGAGCAGAAUGGAAGUGUGAGUAAGCCCAAGCACGGAAGAGAUCGGAGCUUGUCGCUUCAUCCGUUGAGUUUCUUCCAGGCGACCCAUUUAGCUGUGGAAUAUCGGAUGUUACAAACCAGAUUGUUCCAGUAUGUUCCCAUUACUGUCACGAUCCAGCGAGCUGGAGAACAUUCAGUGUCAGUUGUGGAGGUGGAACUGAGAGUCACAGAGGACGGCGAGAAAGGCGAGAUGAGCGACCACGUGAUGGUCGUGGGGCUAUUGAAAACUCAAGUGCAGUGGGAUGAUCCAAUGGAUCGAAGGCCAAAGUUCCACGAGGUUCAGUGUUUGUUUCUCUCGGAGGGGAGUUUUCGCGUCACAGUGUGCGGUCGAGUACUUGACGAGGAUGUAAAGCCAAUAGGUGGAGAAGUUUGGUCUCACCAGUCGAUGCAUGUACGCGUCCGAUCGGAAGACGUGAAAAGCGUGAGUACUAUUUAAUGAAAAGUUACUGAGUGGGCUUGAAUGUUAUGAAUUGUAAGUAAAAAAUGUAAGUAGUUGCAUUCUGUCAAAUUGUGUGC